GAUAUUUGGCGUUGUACGGUUGGCAGCGGAUCACAUUCCAGAAAAACAAACCUCGUUUAGUGUUUUUGUCAUCGAGGGUGAUGUUUAUUAGGUGGUUGUUGUGAUAUACAUAUUAUAGUUUUUAGCGAGAAUGUCCGAGUGUGGUGUGUUAGAGCAGGGACAAGUGACUUAUGCGCAUUAUCACUUCGAGAAGACCGCGCUGGAAUUGGCGCGGUCUCAAUGGCCCAACUAUUCCGAUCAGCAUUACUUGAGGGGGUGCAAAUGGUCCCCCGACGGCACCUGUUUGUUGACGGUGGUGCGAGGAGCGGGCAUGCACGUCAUGGAGCUGCCCAGCGAUCUGUACCAGGGAGAAUCCAUGUUGACCAGCAGACCCAUUUCGCCCCUCAAUCCCGCGGUCAGCGUCCCCGAAAACGGGCUCAUAUACGACUUUUGCUGGUAUCCCGGUAUGAACAGCGCCAAUCCUGCCACUUGCUGUUGGUUGUCUUGCGGGCACGAGGGCCCUGUCCACCUGUGGGACGCUUUUUCCGGCGAGUUGCGGUGCUCGUACAGGGGCUACAAUUACGCGGACGAGGUGGAGGCCCCGAUAAGCGUCUCCUUUUCCGCCGACGGCCAAAACAUCUUCUGCGGGCACAAAAAAAGCGUCAAAAUUUUCGGCACCGGCCGACCGGGAAGGGAAUACACCGAAUACACCACCAACCACCCAGCCUCCUGCAUCGUGGCCAGCCAGGCUCAACCUGGCAUCGUGGCCAUAGGAAAUUGGAAAAACACAAUCGAGUUGGUGUCUCAGAGCGAUGGCAACUUCCGGCACCUGUGCAAGUUGUCGGGGCACAAGGGCGGCAUCACGACCCUGGCGUUCUCGCUGGACGGGUUCAGGUUGUACAGCGGCGCGCGCAAAGACAAAGAACUCAUCUGCUGGGACCUGCGAGUCCCCGGUCGGCCGCUGUUUAAUUUGCAAAGAGAGGUGACCACCAAUCAGAAGGUCAGUCUGGACUUGUCGAUGGACGGCAAGUGGCUGGUCAGCGGCGGCACCGAUGGUAAGGUACAAAUUUGGAAUGUCUCCGAAGUUACUUAUCCCACUGUACACAUGCAGGAUGUCGUACAUAAAAUGUCCAUCACUGUAAAACUGCAGUGCAGUGCAGUGACAUCAAUAGAUCUCGAGAAGGCUGCAGGAUAUUUUAUUUGUUUCUCGAUUCUCGAUAAUCGCUAAUUAAAUUCGCAAAAAUUAAAUCCGGUUGUUAAGUCGUAAUUUUUUAAAAGGGUCCAAACAAAAAUAGGAUGUGGCUUUUCGAUCGAUGUCGCUGCACGGCGACAGUUGCAACGGCGUGUCCCUCCACCCGUACCGUCCGAUUCUGGCGACCUCCAGCGGCCAGCACCACGCCCAGGACCCGCUGCACCACACGCGCAGCCAAACGGUCUACGAGAACGCCAUCUGCAUGUGGUGGGUGGGCCUGCAGGAGGAGGACUCCGACCUGAUGGCCACCAUCAUCAAGGCGGCCACCAACUCUUCCUCUCUCUUGUAAAUACCUUGUGCGUGCAAUUGAUGGAAAAACGAAACAAAUUCAUUUUUACCAACCUCUUCAAUUUUAUCGAUUGUUGCACCUACGUAUGUUCAUUGAAUUAAAUAAACG